AUGUCAGGUGAAGAACUAGCACCGUUUGUUGCUGCUGCGCUCCGUGAUCGUGUGGUGACAGAUCUCCAAAAGGAACUGCAGGAACUCAAAGCCAAGUACCAAGCUGUGGAGCUUUCAGGAAAGGGAGGUUUCCCAGUUUAUGCGUCCAAGUCAUUCUCCACUGGUGCGUAUUCCAGCCCUUUGGAAUGGACCGUUGAUGUUUCGGAUACCUCCAAAAGUACUUGUGGCAAGGAACAGCUGCAGCAUCAUUUGACAGUAGGGGACCUUACAAAGUUGGAGGUCCGUCUGGGUGGGAUCACGCGGGGGGUUUGGCAUUUGUCCUGCCGGGAAGGGCUUGGAAGAUUGGCAGUCUACAAUAAUAAUGGGUUCGCCGAAAAUCUUGCAUUCUGCUUUGGAAUGGAAGCAGGUCUUUACGUGGUGGUGGACGUGGAAAUGAAUCAGGAAACGUUCAAGUAUCUGACAGCCAAGGACUCAUUUGGGGACGAACUGGUGGAGUCUACCGAUUUGCCAAACAUGAUCUUGCAGCUCUGCCCGGAGGACGCCAAAGUUAGGCUUCGAAAUGUGGUCUUCUUCACGGACAAGAUCGAAGCAGCCAUGAGGGCAUGGAAUAUCCCGCCGUUUGCCCCUGGAAAGGGUGCACCAAUAUCACCAGAACUGGAAGUAUGUAUCUGCUAG